AGAAAACCCAUUUAGGGGCCUCGCGAGUCACGCGAGAGCCUCACGCUAAAAGAGACGCGAGUGCGAGGAGCCAUAAUUGGAGAGCUUGUUCGCAGUAUAUCAUAAGGCGCUCAAGGGAAACGCUAGCGGCAGCAAAAGAGAUAAAUAGGGCGCGGAGAGAUUCGGGACCAAGUUUCUGCCUCGCAACGUCCGCGAGGAGCGAGGAGCGGAUGGUCCCCGUGAUGCAGUACCAGGUGCAAUACAAAACAAUUGCUCUCUCGUCUAUUGUCAGUUACUACGGCAGUAGGAGAACACAAUUAAUGGAUAGAAACAUAACAUACGUUUUUGUUGGUUGGCAAAUUCAAAACAACCCUAAAAAUAUUAACACAUAGAACUGCUGUCGUCUUCCGUCAACUGCUGCUGUAGUUAUGGUUUCGCGAAGGCCUGAAGGUGAUUCUUCGCCUAUAUCUCCUAGGACAAAUUUUAGGUAAGUUAUUGCGGAUAUUACGGUAGACAGUGUUAGGGUGGUGAUUAAUUACUAGAGUGAAUCGUGGAUCUCAGAUCGAAACUUUUCAUUUUUUCUCUCGAAAUUAAUUUCAGGCCGCAAGCGAUGAUGAUCGCUUUAAAUCAAACUCAUUUGUCACGGUGUUUUCGACCCUUCCCUGAUCGUUGAAUUUCGAACUUAAGCAUUUCCCUGCAAAUCUUCGGAUCAGUCUGAGUGAGCUGAAAACUUUAGACUCAAGGUAAUCUGUGCUCAACGACAUAUCUUGUUGAGACUCUGGCAAACUCUAGAACUUAAUAUAAACUAAAGUCCCAGUUUUCUGCCAAUGCCGUUAAAAAAAGUCUCGCGGAAGAAAGGCUUCAAGUUGAAGUCGAUACUGAGUGUAUUUUAAGAUUUAAUUUAUGAGUUGAAACACUUCAAUGGUCACUAGGAAGCGUGUUUACCCUCCUCCGACGGAGUUUUUUGGGGUCGGCCGCAGGCCGAGACAUUUUGGGCCAGGGCCGAAGCUACGAGCGAUAAAACUGCUCGUAGCAGACUUGACAGGCCCCAGAAACCAGGCACAAAAAACCUCUGGCACUCACAAGUGUUUCGCUCCGUUGAGUCACAAGGCGCCCAUAAGAAACGGCGUUUAGUUUUGGUCUUUUUGCCAUUAAUUGUUUUAAGACCAUUAAAUCCGUUAUAUAUAACUCAGGACAAAAUUUCCGACAAUUAUCCUCGAAGCACACUUUCAACAAAUGAAUAUUGUUCCCAUUUCAAUCUCUUUCUCGACCUUUUACACUGUAACAAUGAUUUUUGAUUCGGGGUUGAGUUAUGUAUUUUAUGCAAAUUUACAGUGUCUUCACCUGGCUUAUUAUCAUGUAAAUGAUGAAAAUAUAAAUUCUAGACUACCAGAGCAGCCGAGCCGAAUGAUUUUUUCUAGCCUUACUAUCCUUUUGGCUCUCUUAUCAGUUUUUACUGUCUCAAAACGGGGUGCCAGGAGACCUAAGACUUUUUCCGUGGAGUAGCAUAGUUUAGUUACGUUCGAAAUUAAAGGAACACUUCCAACUUUCAGCAAUGCGGGGGUGUACUUAAAUGUAGACUGAGGUAGCUAGGGAUUACGUCAUGUGAAGUUUGGCAAUGUCCGAAAUAGAGAGGUGUCUGUAUUGUGGAGUCAGAAGGUUGUUCUUUUUAAUAAGCUUUAUGCUCCAUGGUCCUUUAGAUAGUAUUAUUGAGUCAGUUAUUGCUGUUGGUGGAGUCUUGCUUUGGGUAAGCUCUGUUUGCUGGGAUACCCAAUAAUGACAAUUCCAGUCUGGGAUAAAUUUGGCCACAAGAGUGGCCGUUUAUUUCAUUUAAGCAUAUCAAGCUAGGAAAGUCCAGAUACACAAGAAGAUUUUUCCCAGCAAAGGUGAGGGCACACCCGCCAUCCGGGAGAUGAAAGUGGAGUAAAACGGGAGGGAAGGGAGGGAAAAAUGUUUUCCAACUUUCUUGUUGCAGUAAGCAGAGAGGCCUUGUGCCUAGCUUUCAUGUCUUAAAAACACAAUAUAUAAUGUUCCGGAUGGCAGGAACGCCCCCUCCCCAGUAACUGGAGAAAUGACACAUUAAUCAGUCACAUUAAGCAUAAAACCAUUUAUUUCUUUCAGAAAUAAAUUUCGUUUCGAUUGUACACGUACUGUCUCUGACCGAAUUAAACCUCGGAAGAGUGAACGAAAUCAAGUUAAGAAAGGUCCAAACUAUCCCUGGUUCAAAACCUAGCCUGCCUAGGCUCCGGUGUGGGGGAAAGGAAAAAAGGCGAUGAAACAGAAGCAAAAAUCGGAGAGCGAAGAGAGCCGGAACAAGCGGCCCAGGCUAUUAUAAACCUUGCAUGUAAUUCCACAAUGGCACACAAUCUGUUUGUGUAACCGAUGCAAUUUAAUGGUAAAUGUAUUGUCAGUAUUUAUCGUUUGCUUACUCUGUAGCGGUAUAUUGCGGGAGAAGGAGAGAGAAAUAAAAAUGGAGUGUUCCUGAUAUUCUAGUACCCGAAAAUUUUCUUUAUUCCAUUAUUCCACCAGCUAUAUUCCAAUUCCAAAAUGCCAUUAUCAGGUUAUCAUACACUAUUAUUAAUACCACCUCCCCAAAUUAAGAGCCAUUACGUAUGCCAUUAUUCUGAAUAAAAAAAAUCACGUUAUUGUUUUUCCAUUAUUCCUUGUCGGCUUCUCACGAAUGACUGAAGGUUAAAGCGGCCGGGCGUAUUACCUAAAGUCGCAUACUUAUCAACUUGCCUUUCCUGCACCCUAGCACUCAAGGCUGACCUACUGCUGGACUUAAUUUUAGAGACAAUACCUCCGGCCCAAGUUUGAUCAGCCUUAACUGCGUUUGGAUUAACGAAGGUGCCGAAACAAGGUCAUCACAGCUGGGCUUGCGCUCGUAUAGACAUUAAAAGCUUCAUUUGUAAAUUGUUCACGGGAGUUUUAUCUCCAAUACCUGACAUACCUGCCUAGCCUGAGAAAACAGCCGACAUUUCGCAACGCCACCAUUAGCCAUGGUUUUCCGGCGAAGUAACGUCUGAGGAACUAACUCAGAAAUUCCAUACUGAUGGCGCGUCCUUACCAAGAUCUUGUUUAAGCGCUUCUUAUUUUCAGAAAGAAACGCAUCCCUAGCUUUCAAUUUCAACACAAUUCUGUGCGGUGAGUCAUCCUAUGCAUCCAUAGUGAGAACUGCUUACAGAAGUGGUGGUGGUGGUGGUGGGGAGUGGAGGGGAGACACGGGCGGAUCUAGGGGGAGGGUGCAGGGGGUGCGCACCCCCCCCCCCCGAGAUGACCUGCGGUUUUCUAAUACAACUGGUAUUCUGCAAAAAAAAAAAACUAUGUGGUUUAUUGGUGUUGAAGUAGAGCGAGAGACGAGUGCAACCCCUCCUGAAAAAAAUCCUGGAUCCGCCCCUGGGAGAUGAAGGAUAGGGAGGAGUUAAGCCAGUCAAGCAAUUGGAACAAGAAAGGUUGAUUGGAAGUUGGAAAUUUUCAUGAGAUUGGAUUGUGCAGUCUUAAAAAUUUAGACAGUUGCUGUUUUCAUUUGUCUGGGAAGAAAGAAAGGACAUCUAAAUACUAGGCGUUACUUACCGUUAAAAUUCUUUAACUUUUUUUCUUAGUGAUGAUUCGGCAAGAAACCGUGACAGAUCUAGAUUGGGUGAGGGUUUGGACGGAAGGAGGAAUGCUACUUCUGACGAAAGAUUCAGAUCUUUGAACAGAGCUUUGGCGGUCUUUUUGCCUCCUAAAGGUAACUGUAGGGGUAACAGGAGGGUAAAACAACAACAAUAUUAUAAUCAACCACUACUCUCCUCAUCGCGGUCCAGCCUUGUCCCAACACGUUCUCGGCUCGGUCAAUCCUAGACUCUGCCGUGAGCUGUGACAUCACCGGGAGAGACUCGACCGCCUUUUCCCAGACUUCGCGCGGACAACGGGGCAAGAGAGAACGCCUAGGGACUAGGCUGAUCGCAGUCAACGCUAGAAGACAAGUUCCGGCUAAACGGAGAUGAUCACAAAUGGAGGCUGGGUCAGUGUAAAGCCUCUUCACCAGUUUCUCGUUUCUCGCUGUUUUUGCAUUGCUAACGAUCUACACCUUACUCUGACGAUUCAUCAGACACGGUUCGCAAUAACGACGACCACGCCAAUGAAACCCUAAAAAAAAUUGAAUUUGCCUAGACUUUUACAUUAUUUAUGAAAACUAAAAUAAAGAAUAUUAGUCUCACGUAAUAUAUCAUGUGUACUAUUUGAGUUUUGUAAAAUGAACUUGCACCUAUAAGGCUUGUCAAACUUUUCAAAAAUUGAACUGAAAAAUAAAGGUGGCCAAUUCUUGAGCCAUCUGCCUGGUUUAAAGGCAGAUGGUUUCACGCUUGCAAAUGUGCAGGGAAAAAAGGAACGAAAACAAAAGUACUCCAAAAAGCAUGAUUGUGUGAGGUGAUAAAAGGAGUGAUAAUUAAAUUUGCUAACCCAUUAGCAAACGGUUUUAUUUUAUAGAAGAGACACAACUGAAGCCACUAAACGCGGAUUUCCAAAAAUAUGAGAAUCGAAUGGCUCAUAGAACUGACGAUUACGAAUCUGAAGAGCUGAUCAUCAGGAGAGGUCAGGAAUUUCAAGUCACGGUGACGUUUGACCGAGUGUACAGGCCGGAAUCUGACCAGAUAAUCCUGCAAUUUGCUACAGGUUUGCUAGCUCAUUUAUUAACUGCCUUGUAGCUUAUUAUCGUCCUAGCACGCACUUUAACCCAUAUUAUAGGUAUGUGCCGCGGUUGUGUUAAGGUAGUGGUGCUGAGCCCUAGGUCUUAACUUUCACACCCUCGUCAGCUUACUAACAAAACGAUUUAUCAACGUUUACUCUACAGUCCUGUGCUUUAUGAAGGUCCACUUGAUGAAAAAAACUAAAAAGGAUGUAAGUCCAAAGACUACUGCAAGGCUGAUCAUAAUAACGUGUAUUGCUUUUUCAUAACAAUAUUUGGGCUGGUCAUACCAGCUUUCUUCAGGUUUACAAAUGCGAUUGAAUUUUAGCUAACUAGACCUCUUUUCUAGAAGUUCAACGUUAACUCCAGCAGGAUCUUCGUCCACGGUUUUUGCAGUUAAUUUCUUUAUCAUUAAAAAGAGUGUCCAUUUCCAAUUGUAUUUCUAGUCAGCAGUGGCUGAUCUAGACCUUUAGAUAGGGGGGGUCUCAAAAAGCAAUUUGUUCGGACCUUCGGGCCUCAGUUUAGUAUGAAAAUACGGGGGGGACGGACACCCUGGGCCCCUCCCCUGGAUCCGCGACUGGUCAGGGUCAGUCUCAGGGUUUGAGAACCUUCGCGAAAAUGAAUUAAACUAUCCUAUAAAUUUGCCGGCCUGCGCUUCCCCCCAUCUCCAACCCUAAGUAAGUCAAGGCGGAGGGAGCACCCACGAAAGCGGAGUGAGAAGUGAACGUCCAAUGGCCUGGGACUUUAUACAUUACUGAUUGUCUUUUUUGCUAGCUUAGGCUGAAAUAGCUCAAUAAUACAGGCAGCAUUUGUCAUUAUUUCAUCUGAACAACAACCAACAAAACACUCUGUUUCAAAAUUAAACCGCAGGGAAAAAACCUCAGGAGAGCAAAGGCUCCCUUGUCCGAGUCACACUUCGUGAUGUCCUCACACCCAAGCAAUGGGGAAUGAAAAUCAAGGAGGUCAGCGGCACAAAAAUGCACCUAACAGUUAUUCCCUCAGCCAAUGCUAUCAUUGGACGGUAUGAAGUCUUCUUGGAGACCAAAACAAGAGACUCCGACGGAAAGCUUUCAGUGUUUAGACGCAAGGAGGACGAAAUUGUGUGCAUUUUGUUUAACGCUUGGUGCCAAGGUACUGCGAUCCUGCUUUAGUAUAGCGAGGAGAGCCGCUAAAUUAUUUCAGAUGUGUUUCGACUGGAAUCCCGAAAUUAAAGAAGCUCUGUGUGACUUAUUGGCUAUUAGAAAGUUUAAGAUACCAAGACUGCAAAGGCGACAAAAACGUCACUUGAAAAUUUAUUUCGUGUUAAACGUCUAUGAAAAUUCAGCGCGAUUAUCUCGACUCCCUCAUACUGUCAAACGAUGGCCGAACUCUCCUAGAGUUCAAUUCCUUAACAAAAGAGCGAGAGAAAUUCGACGUCGUUUGUCUACGCUCUUCAUAAGUAAUGCUCUAGAAGAUAUACUAAAAGAGACAAGACUGGCAAGCCGGUAAAUAGGUUUCCCUAUUUAUAAAAUCCACCAGUUUUUGUCACUUUCUGUAAAACUGGCAAACCGCUACUGAUAGCGCUUCUGUUUAAAAAUCUGAUUUAAAAGUGCUUUUUGUUUUAUGAUGUGCAUGUUAGAUGAUGUGGCGUACAUGGACAAUGAAGAAGAACGUCUGGAGUACGUGUUAGCUGACCAUGGUCGCAUUUGGGUGGGCAGUGAAUGGAGCAAUUGGGGAAUACCUUGGGUGUUUGGACAGGUACUUGCAAAAAGCAAAGAAACCACUCUGGCGCAUGCUGUAAUUGUCUAAAACAGAGCUCACACAUGCUCUAUUUGUCUCGCUUUGACUGAGUUGACCCGGCUGGGCGUGCCGAAGUGUUUAUAUGGAGAAAAGUUGUCUCGAUUAGGAGGGUAGUCCCACCAUAACAAAGGGGUGUCCCGCCUAGGCAUGUCACCCUACUUAUCCAGCCAAUCGACAGCCAAGUUUUAUUUCUCAAGUAAACGGUUCGUUACGUUAUGAAAAGUUGACUCGCCCCGGGUAACUUGGUUAGGCGGUCGCGCUUCUACCCGCCCCCUGCCCCCAGGAUUUUGCAGAUCGAGGAGGGGAUAUACGGUCAAUCGUGUCGAUUGCCUAUUGCCCGCAUCUUACAUUGGCCAUCGCUACCUAAUUAUAGAGAAUUAGACUGGGGUUUAAAGCUAUUUAGAAAGGGUGAAGUAUUUUUAAUAAUGAUAUUUAAUUUUAUCUUUCUCUCAGUUUGAAGAUGUCUCUCUGAACUGUGCACUAUGGCUGCUCGACAACUCCGGUUUAGCAGAGCAUCCAGAGGCAAAGUCCAGUCCAAUUCCUAUAGUGCGGACUCUUUCAGCCCAGGUAAGUAACGUAGAUAUUUAUUUAUUUACUUUAGCCUACGUCCAUACAACACCGGACGAAAUCUCGACCGGCCAAAAAAAAGAUUGACUGGACACUUGGCUCACCAGGGACCGGUUCCAUAUUUUCGCUCUUUCAGAACUAGGCGUCUAAAGUUUCGUGCUGUUAAGGUGGUUUCUUGAAAAUGGAACUCCUAGCGAACAAAUUUUCAACCAGUAGAAAAUUCGUGAACGUAUAGCGUUAGAAAGAACUAAAAUAGAAACACUUUUUUUAUUAAUUUUUUAUUCUCUUAUAGGUUGCUCACUUUACUAUUUUCACCAUUUCCCGUCUUUGGACUGACCAAAAUUUUCUGUCAAUGCGUCGGUAAGGAAAGCGAACUAGAAAGAGGCACUUUCAGUGUUACCAAACAGGGGCGUAGCGUGAGAUUUUGUAAGUGUACGCACUCGGGGAUGGGGAGAAAAGCAGGAACGAAUUUGCCAAAAACAACUCCCGCCACUUGCUCACCAUCAAAACGUCUGUAAAAUUCGGCGACUCAGUUUUUAAGGCGUUUAUUUAGCCGUGUUGACGGAUUUUUGCUUACUUAGCUGGUCCCAGGCUUUAAACUGAGACCAAGUACAAUGAUUAUCUUAAAGGUCAAUUUUGACGACGAAGAUGGAGGCCUUCUGUUGGGUCGAUGGAGUGAGCCCUACACAGAUGGCACCAAACCUACUGGCUGGACUGGAAGCGUUAACAUACUUGAAGAAUUCUGGAAAACCAAGAAUCACGUGAAGUACGGACAGUGCUGGGUCUUCUCAGGACUGGUCACAACAUGUGAGUUGCCAAUUUAACAAUCAUCAGAAAACUCCAUUACGUAGGGUUUGUGACCGGUGUAGCGCCGAGUGCGGCUUGGUUAGCAUACUGUCCCGUUCGGUUGUGAACAGACAAGAGAGGAAAUGAGGAAUCCUGCGCGCGCGCUAUCUUUCUUUCCCUAACAUGUAAUCAACUUUUCUUUAACAGUGAUCAGAUAUAGGUAGGGCAUGUUCUCAGGCUAUUGAUGUCCCGGCUAAUAGCUAAAUACAGUCUUAAAUAACAAAACGAGACCAUUAUUUUUGUAAUUCAAUUGAUGACACGAUUUUUAGGCCUUAGAUUUUUGAAAGAUAGCAAUUAGCGUGACACAACGACUUGUUAAAAUGACUCCAUCGUCUGGAUACUCUGUUACAGUGUUGAGAGCACUGGGUCUACCCACCCGUAGCGUGACGAACUUCCAGUCCGCCCACGAUCAUGACCGCAGCUUGACCAUCGAUACCCAUUUUGACAAAAAUGGCGAUCCAAUUAAAGAAUGGGAUGACUCCGUCUGGUGAGUGUAAGUUGUCAGUAUAACUGAAUCUUUCUGAGUACACUCCACCCCUUUAAAAUACCCUGUGCAUUGAUGGAGGUAGACGGAAGGACUAAUGGGAGGAACGAUGAUGCGGGGAGACGAUCAUUUCAGGCUAUGCACACACCAUAUCCCAUAGUUUUCCGUGUCGACACCGAAAAACUAUCCGGUUUUGUAUGAACGGCAACGGCCAUUGGCCGGGAGGGCUUUGUGAACUAAGAUCCCAGUCCUCACUUUCAAAAAUAUUUACCUCCAUCCAUCUCAACCAAGAGAGGAUAAAGGGGACAGAGAAGGCAUCCCCCAUACACACCCUAUUCCAUAGGUAAUUCGUCUCGAGUUAUUUUUAAGACCACAGAUCCUAAGGGGGAUUAGUGAUUAGACAACAGCCAAUCACAUGGCGCGAAUGUGUUCCGUGUGGAUGACCCACGCUCAGAGCCACGCUUCCUUCACGAACUGACGCUGAAAAAAAUGGCGGACGACGCGGACAGCGAUAUUGCUAUUCGUUUUGUCGACGAAAACGACUGAAGAGAGAUUUCUACUAAAGCGGUGUCAGCGAAAUGGAAAUUAAAAAAAGAAUCGCCCUUCCUCUCUUGUAUAGAGCAACAGUACUGCAGGGAAAUCCUUAACACACUGAAUAUUCUCUCAGGGUCAUUUAUAAUUUACAGUUUGAAGAGAGCAAUUUCUGGUUUGAUAUUUAUUCUUUUAUUAGUCUUUUAUUAUUCAACAAAAUAACACUUGGCGUCAUACUUGCUUUAUUGUACCAACGACCGGUUUCAAUAGACCGGCGAAAUUUCUCAUUUUAUUAAGGCACUGAGGUUACGACAACUUCGAGUUAAACUAAUUUCACGGGUUGUCAAAGAAUCCAGCGAUUCCCUUUUCCCAGGUGAGCGCCGACUCAUUUCGCUUCAAUAUUCAGAAAUGCUCUCGAUUUCUUUACGCUUUCAUUGCCUUUCGCCCGACAUGUUUUGCACGGCGUUUAGUCAUGCCAAACCUCCACGAAACAUCUACGCAACGCGCGAGGUAACUUUAUCCCGAUUCUAAAAAUAACUCGAGACGAAAUACCUAUGGGAUAGGGUGUGUAUGGGGGAUGCCUUCUCUGUCCCCUUUAUCCUCUCUUGAUCUCAACGGAUUCCAGGCCUCUUCCCCGGCCCUGCUUAUUCACUUCCGCUAAGCAAGUCCGAAUAUCUGUUCACACAGCACCGGAGUGUGGCACGCUCCAUUUUGGAGAUCGGCGCGGCCCUUCUUCGCCCCGUUAAAAAAUUCGCACCGAAAUCACCGUAUCUAGGUUUAAACAGAAGCCCUAUCCGGUAUAGUUUAAGCAUAGGCUAAGAGUGGUCACCGCGUUGGUAGGCGCGUUGUCCCCGAGUUUGAGUCCCGCUCUGACCACCAAUUCGAUUAAUGUCUCAGUAAUCCCGAGUUCAAACCCUCGGUCACAGUUCAUAGCCAAGUGGUUUGCCUCUUGCAUUUUGCGUUGGAUUGAUUAUGGUAUGUUCAGUGCCUUUGAUUUGUGAUGAUUUAAGUGAGGUGCUUGGAACAAGCAAGAUUAGCUGGGCCGGUAGACAUAUCCAUUAUAAAACAAUAACAUGUACCAUUUUACUCGCACUUCAUAUAGGCAAAUAUGGUUCUUUUUUAUGACACAGUAAAUUAAAGAUGUUCUCCUAACUUGGCAUUCCAGUAAGUAGCAGUUCAGGGAAAAUUUUGGCGGCUGAGCCAAAAGCCCACGAGAAGAAAGACUUUUCCCCACAAUUUUCCCUUAACUCGCACAAGUGAGCUGUCAGUCUAUGGCCGUUGUGCAGCAGUAUGCGCAGUACAAUGUUUACCAACGAAGCCUUGUUUUGGUUCACCUGGAAGCAGGCGCAAAUUAAAUACCUUGUAUCUUGUUCAAUCUUGUGUAUUUUCAGGAACUUUCACGUGUGGAACGAGUCAUGGUUCAAACGUCCUGAUCUGCCAGCCGGGCAUGACGGAUGGCAAGCGCAUGAUGCCACGCCCCAAGAAACCAGUGAAGGUAUGUAGGAUAUGACACUGUGUUUUCAUCAGGUGUGUCCGGCAUUGGAAGGCUCUAUUCUUUGAUUUUGUCACGCCAUCCACACCAAAAACUACUUGGUUCACGUUUCUAUUAGCUAAGUUAUGGUUAGCAAAUCAUUUUAUACGGUAUUCAAAUAUAACUUAAAAAAAUAGAAUUAAAAAAUUAACAUUUCCUGAUGGUCAACAUUUUUUUUUGGACAUAAUUUUUCAGGUAUUUAUCGCUGUGGUCCGGCUUCCUUGAAGGCAAUCAAGAAUGCAGAAGUCUAUCUACCUUAUGACACUGGCUUCAUAUUUGCCGAAGUGAAUGGUGACAAGGUGCGGUGGGAUGUGGAUUUUUCUGACAACUCCGUAAAAGCCUUUGUCACGGAAAAGAGUGCUGUUGGUAAAAAAAUCAGCACCAAAUUACCCAGCCAGAACUCGGCUCGAUCUAGGCUUGACGUCACAAACGAUUACAAAUACCCAGAAGGUAACUUUAUAUGAAUUGUGCAUGCCUCAGCCUAGUACCUAUUCGCUUUCCCUUAUGUUAUUCGGGUCGUGAGCAGUGGUCCGAGUGUUCUCCUCGAAUACGUCACCGAAAUACCAGCCUGGGACCAGCCUCUGCAUUGGGGGAGAAAGGAGGAAAAAAAUCGGCGAGCGAGUGUAGCCGAGGGGUUUAGGGCGGAAAAACGUAAUGAGUACAUGCGUGAACUUUUUGGCCCCGAUCCCCUGGCCAGGCAUGAAAAAAUGGAGGGAUUUCAAAUAUUUUUUUGCCUAAUAAUAAAACGUUUCUACUCUUAACCUGGAAAGAACAAGCAAUUUGUCUUGACAAGUUGCAAACUGUGGUUAUAGCCUUCUCAUUACUUCUUUAAUUUUCUCGAAGAAUACCUCAUAGAAAAACGGACUUUAACGACUGUAAUGAAAAUGAAGAAAUGAUGGACGCAGUGAACGCAAUUUAUGCAAUUGCGUAAAGAAGCCUGAAAAAAAUUCAGGACUUCAACGGGGUUUGAACCCGUGACCUCGCGAUACCGGUGCGAUGCUCUACCAACUGAGCUAUGAAGCCACUGACGUUGGGAGCAGGUGGUUUCAUAGCUCAGUUGAUUGAGCAUUCCACCGGUAUCGCGAGGUCACGGGUUCAAACCCCUUUGAAGUCCUGAAUUUUUUUCAGGCUUCUUUACGCAAUUGCAUAAAUUGCGUUCACUGUGUCCAUCAUUUCUUCUUUUUCAUUUCAUUUCCGCAGUUCAUAUAUGAUUUAUUUCAUAUAUCAUUAUGACUGUGCUGUCGGGAGGAAACGAAGAUCAUCCAGCAAAGCCUCACUUCUGCUCAUGAUGUUGUAUAUUUUACUGAAUAUAGGCACUGAAGAAGAAAGGAGAGCAGUUGAGAUGGCUUACAACUUUAGCAGCAGGAAGGCGUCCUUCAACAUUUACGAGGUAGAGGAAGGGGACGUGGCGAUUUCUUUGGACUGGCCGAAUGAUCUUAAAUUCGGAGACAGCUUUGAUGUCAAAGUCGUGGUGACGAACUCGUCCAAUUAUAAGCGAACUUUGAACUUGAAAAUCACGUCCACCAUGGCUUUCUACACAGGGAUCGCAGGAAAAGUACUUAAAGCAAAGAAAGAUACCCUUCAUCUGGCUGCAAAAGAAGGUACUAUUAAUUAAAUAGAAGAUCAACCUUUAUGCAGUUCGUAAUAAGUGACUGUUGUAAUUUUGAGUCCCGAUAAAAAACUUCCAUUCUUCAUCAAAUUCAUGGUCAACUCCUAUCCAAGCUUAGUGCAUAAAACACUCCACCCCCCUCCCCCAGAGAAUAGUUAAGGAUAUGAGUGUUUCAGACCUUCCAACCCCUAAAACGUGCAAAUCUGGAGUGUUUGAGAAAGAAAGAGCUCCCAAAAACCGGUGUAGACUGGGACCUCAAACCUGUAGAUUUCCAAAAUAUGCGCGAAAUAAAACUAAUAAGGCAGACUACUCAGAUGGACUACUUUUGUCAUGGUAUUCCUUAUCCUAUUGGUGGUCUCUUUUGUAUUGUCUUGUUUAUCUCUUGGCAGUGAAAAGAAGAUUCUGUUUUACUGAGAAUGCCGAUAAGGCUUUCCCACAGACCUAGGCGAACUUAUGUUUUAAGGGAAUGAGCAGAGGUGGGAUUAUUUGACUCACGUUUACCCUCAAAACUAGAUUGAUACAAUUCGUCCAUGAAGACGAUUUUUUUCAAAUUACGCGAUUCCUUCUGGAAUUGUCUGGCAAUUUUAAGAUUUUUAAAAAUUUCUGAUUCACAAUGAGAGCUGUAGGCUAAAUCGUGGGACCGUGAGUUGACUACCCAAACCAUGAGUCUCAUGGCCAAACCAUGAGAGUUGGAAGGUCUACGUGUUCCAUUCACCUAUUUUAACUUUAAUUUCUUACACUAUCUUAGAGAAAAGCACCAUGUUACGAAUUGAAGGUUCAGAGUGCUUUGGCAGAAUGGUAGACGGAGAUAUACUAAAGCUGUACGUCAAGGGGACAGUUGAAGAGACCCAUCAAAAGUACGCCACGGACGCUGUAGUGGAAUUAUUGAGGCCGACACUUGAGGUUGAGGUAAGGGUCCAGAAAUAUUCUUUGCGAGGUCUUCAUAAAGCUGGGACGAGAGCAAAAAAGAGGAAUUUCAACUUUCGUACAAAACUUCGUCCCUUGCGAGGGAAUCCAAGACAGUCUUGUAUUCUGGAUUCCUCGACGUGGAUUCCUCAUAUUCAAUUCAGUGGAAAUUGGAUUCCGGAUUACAAUCAUUAGUGGGAUUCCAGAUUCCAAAGUGCUGGAUUCUGGAUUCCACAGGCAAAAAUUUGAAAAAUCAUUGGAAUCCGUAUUCCAAAAGCAAAAAUUUCCCAGAAUCCGUUCUCCCUUACAUCAGGCAACACAUUACCGUAAAAUUCCGGAAAAAAAAACCUCCAUGUAUAAGCCCCCCUAAAUCCCCCCCUUGGAAAUUUGCCCACAAAUACAAAGUAACUGACAAAGCAAAAACGGUAAAUUUCCUUCCAACUAUAAGGCUAGCCAAGAGAGGAUAAAGGGGACAGAGAACGCAUCCUCCAUACACACCCUAUUCCAUAGGUAAUUCGUCCCGAGUUAUUUUUAAGACCCCAGAUCCCAAGGGGGAUUACACAACAGCUAAUCACAUAGCGCGAAUGUGUUCCGCGUGGAUGACCCACGCUCAGAGCCACGCGUCCUUCACGAAUUGAGGCAGAAAAAAAUGGCGGAAGACGCGGAGAGCAAUGUUGCUGUUCCUUUUGUCGACGAAAACGACUAAAAAGAGAUCUCUGCUAAAGUUGUGUCAGCGAAACGGAAAUUAAAAAAGAAUCGCCCUUCCUCUCUUGUAUAGAGCUAACAGUACAGCAGGGAAAUCCUUAACACAGUGAAUAUUCUCUCAGGAUCAUUUAUAAUUUACAGUUUGAAGAGAGCAAUUUCUGGUUUGAUAUUUAUUCUUUUAUUAGUCUUUUAUUAUUCAACAUAAAUAACACUUGGCGUCCCAUAAUGAUAAUAAUAAUUUAAUAACUUCUAGAGAGCUAUUUACAUUCACUGAUCAACAGCGCUUAACAACUUAAGAAAACUACAAUAUAAUUCAAAUUUGUAAAACUAUUUACAUGUACAUGAAUAUUACUUGCUACUUUCUUUAUUGUACAAAUAACCGAUUUCAAUAGACCGGCGAAAUUUCUUAUUUUAUUAAAGCACUGAGGUUACGAUAACUUCGAGUUAAACUGAUUUCACGGGUUGUCAAAGAGAUUCCCUUUUUCUAGAUGAGCGCCGACUCAUUUCGAUUCAAUAUUCAGAAAUGUUCUCGAUCUCUUUACACUUUCAUUGCCUUUCGCCAGACAUGUUUUGCAUGGCAUGUAGUCAUGCGAAACCUCCACGAAACAUCCACGCAGCGCGCGAGGUAACUUUAUCCCGAUUCUAAAAAUAACUAGAAACGAAUUACCUAUGGAAUAGGGUGUGUUGGGGGAUGCCUUCUCUGUCCCCUUUAUCCUCUCUUGGGCUAGCCCAAUCGAUUUUGAAGCGCAAAUGUCCCUCCGUAGAUAAGCCCCUCAGAAAGGGUUUUUGAAAAAUAUAAGCCCCGAGGCUUAUUUUCGGAAUUUUAUUGGAAAUGCUUGCUUCGCAGGCUGGUGCAGAACAAGUGCUCAUCCUUGGCAGGAGCCCAAUAAGUCAAACUCGUUCGUUACUGAAUGUUUAUCACGAUUUACUUGAAAUCUGCAGAUAGCCUUCUUUAUCUUGCUUGGCUAAACAGUUCUACAACUUGUAAUUUUGGGUAUUAAAAAGACGAAUUUCUGGCGGGAGUUCCUUAAUCCAAUAUGUUCCUAUACGCCGGUGUUUAUUGUACUGUAUAUUUCGUUUUGCUUCAGGCAUCUCCUGAAAUGGUGAGGAAGGGCGAAAUGGUGACAGUGACAGCUUCCUUUAAGAAUGAGACGCUGGCGAGCCUAACAAAUGGGCAGUUUCACUUUGAGGCUGUUGGAAUGCUACCCAAGUCAGCGGCAUUUUAUACCCCGUAAGUAUCCACAGGAUCGUAAUUAGGCUUUUGUACAUUAUGCUAGCAUUUUUUCGAGCAUUUUAGUGAGGCAAAAGCAUUGAGCAUUAUUCGAGCAUUUUAGUAGCAUUUUCCCCGGAAAAUUAAUUUUUCCGAGAAAAUAAAAUAGAAAUUAACUUUUUUCAGGAGCCCAUGCCCCAUGAGCUCCUGCUUUUUUAAACAAAAUGAAGACUAAAAUUCAAAAUUCGCAAAAAACCUAAUGCAGCUGGUUUUUUUGGAUGUAUUUAUGAACUUGUACACGUUGUCGUUGUUACUUGCAACACUUGCACGUUUUUGUAAGUGUAAACUUUGAAAUUAAUUAAAAAAACCCGUUUGUAUAAUGAGCAUUAUCCGAGCAUUUUAGUGACUUUUUUGGGGAGACCGAGCAUUUUAGUGGGAAAAAUGGAGCAUUAAGGUGGAGCAUUUUAGUAGGGAAGCAAAAGCAUAAUGUACAAAAGCCUAAUCGUAAUCCUUUAAGCGACUUUAUUAUUCAUUCAAAAUAUUUCUCCGUUUCUGAUUGGCUAAUAGCACACGCAUAAUUCACCAUAACCAGCUAUUGCUGACCAAAUUUGGAAGAACUUUGCAAUUAAUCAACCGAUGACGUCAAAAGUGCAGCACAAUGCAGGUUAAUGCACCGUUAACCGAGAAGAUCUGGGGACGAGGUUGAGUUGUUUUGGUUGUGAAAACAAAAAUGGCGGAACAGUCUGCGGAACAUUUUAUUCGUUUCAAGACGAACUAUUGUCUAAAAACAUACAUAGCAAGAAGACAACUCGACGGGCAACAUCUGGUAUUUGGAGUAUAUUUGCAGACCUGAACAGCCCUUUAUCUUCUCAACAUCCACUAUCGAGGUGAACUUAACAUCGACGAAGGUAAGCAUGUUUUAGCUUGUUUUUAAGCGAGGAAUUAUUUUGAAUGAAUAAUAAAGCAAGUAAUGAAUUCGGCUUUCGUAGGAUAUAAAGAAUGAUGCAAAUCUCGGAGGGUGUUAUAACACCCUCCUCGAUCUGCAUAAUUCUUCAUAUCCUAGUCAGCCUCAUUCGUUCAUGGUAUCGCCCAUCAUCUAUCCUCCAUUGUCCAUUGUCUAUCAUCCCGGAGUCCAUCGUCUGGGUUUUAUAACACAUGCCGGUAUUAAGGGUUCAUUAGGUUAACGACUUUGAUAAGCUUUUUUAACUUAAGGAAUCCCUUCUCUUGAUACAGGGGACCUAUAGCUGUUAAUGAGGAAGCACGAAUUUCAGCUACCUUCACUUCAAAUCGAGGCAAGGACCAUACAAUCGCCGUCAGCUUCGUUUCUGAUGAGUUAAACGGCGUCCGUGGAGAAUGCACUGUCUUAAAUGUUAACUGA